GAAAAAAAAUCCAUUUUAAUGAAAAUAAAAUUAAUAUAAUUUCCCACCCCUUCCCUUCUCUGAUCUGUCACUGAGUCGGAGUCAUCGGCACCACCGCUCCACGUGCGCCCCAACCCUAACAUCCCUUCUCCGGUGACGGAGCGAUCCCGUAAACCGCCGUUCUCCACCGUCCGAUCCUCCGAUCCGAACCCCCAUCACUGUCGAUCCAAUCCGGUGCAUUGCGAUGCCUGCUGCUAAGAUCUCCUUCAGUUUAAGGAGGCCUGCUACUAAGAUCUCCUCUACUUACCAGCAAGUGCUUUUUAUCUGUCGGUGCACUGAGUUGCCAAAAUUUGUUCUACCAAUGAGGGUUGUCUUGUUGCUCACUGGCUUCUUAGUUUGUCUCUAGCUUGGCACAAUGGUUUCAUUUGAGAUGAAUGAUCGGAAAAAGAUUGGGCUAGGUUUGACAGGAUUUGGAAUAUUCUUCUCAUUCUUGGGGAUCAUGUUCUUCUUUGAUAAGGGUCUCCUAGCCAUGGGAAAUAUCCUUUUCCUGUCAGGUGUGAUGCUGACCAUAGGGCUGAAAUCCACCAUGCAAUUCUUCACCAAGCGUAAGAACUACAAGGGUACUAUCUCAUUUGGAGUUGGCUUUUUUCUGGUCCUGAUUGGAUGGCCAGUAUUUGGCAUGAUUUUGGAGUCAUAUGGUUUCAUCGUGCUUUUCAGUGGUUUCUGGCCCACACUCGCGGUCUUCUUGCAGAGGAUUCCUGUUAUUGGCUGGCUUUUCCAACAGCCAUUUGUAACAUCGUUCUUUGAUCGCUAUCGAGGCAAACGAGUACCAGUGUAGCUGCAGUUGUUGACAGCCAAAGCCGAAGCGCCGAAGAUUUAAGGGACAUACUACACAAGGAUUUUGUGCAAAUCAAAAGUACUUUUCACUUUUUAGACCAAUUUUUUUGUUGGUGCCGCCUUAGAACAUGUAGUGUUUCUUACUAGUUGUACACCUGUCACAUUCGCCUCUAGACAAGAUUGUUCUUUGUAAGAUGACCUCAAAGUGGGUAUUAAUGAGAUAGACUUCUAAUUGUUGUUUGGUGGCGACUGCUUUCGCUGCCAAAGAAAAUACCAGCUUGUAAGCUUUUCGACUUCUACUCUCUGUUUUGAGAUAAGGAAAUGUCGUUAGAUCAGACGGACGUUUUAUGUGCAUGGACCGCUAAUGUAUAUUUGUGCUCUUGUUGCAUGAUAUAGUCUUUUUCUUUCAA